CAGCAGAGUCUAUGUUGGGACCUGGCUGAUGAGGCAACCUUACUGGGCACUAGUAGAAAUGGAGGGAGGGGAAAAGCUGGAGCUGCAGUCAGUCUUGGGAAACUUAGCCUUAACCAGGUUCUACUAAGUGCCAGCGAGAAGCGUGGAAGUCCAGGAUGGUUUAACUGUCAAGAGGAAGUAAGAAACCAAAGGGAAAAAAAAAAAGAAGAGGACUAACUCAUGGCUGGACUGCUUUCAGAUAAGGGAUCUCUGCUGCAGGCCUGACACCCAGGUGUGACCAGAGUCAGCGGGGAUUCCAAUGGCUACUGCAAAUGAUGACCCACACCUGGGCAGUGGCCCAUCUGAGGACUCAGAGAUCCUCCUGGAUGACUCUGACUCGGGCAGUGUGCUUUCAGACGACUCAGUGCUUCCUAUCUAUGAAAGGGACGGAAAAUCAACAGAGCCGGCUAAAACAGUGUACGAGGCCUGUGCCAAGAAUGACGCUGCAUCCCUGCGCAGCAUCAUGGAGAGAGGAGUCACAAAAGAUGAGACCAUGGAGCUAGACAUCAAUGGCAGGAAUGGGCUGAUGCUGGCUGUGUCCAAGGGUUUUGUGGACAUCGUCGCCUUGCUUCACACAUGCCCAUUAAUAGACAUCAACCACCAAGACAAUGAUGGCAACACUGCUGUCAUGAUUGCAGCCCAAGCAGGCUUCAUCACCAUCCUGAAUUAUAUCCUAAACUACUACCCUUGUGUGGACACUGAGAUCAGGGACCCUCGUGGGUUCACAGCUCUCAUCAAGGCAGGCCUACAAGGCAGAGAAGAGUGUGUCUCCGCAUUGCUAAUGCAUGGUGCAGAUGUCAAUGCAGUCGAUCUCGUCCAUGGGAAAGGUCUAAAGGACUGGGCCCUUAGGACAGGAAGGUUUGAGACUCUGAACAGACUGCGUCGCCUGCAAACUCGUCCUAUUGCAGAACAGUUCUGUGAAAGCUACAUUCCUGAGUGGCCUGAGCUAAAGCUACUGGUGGCAAAGGCCACUGCAGCCAAAACAGCAGGUCAGAAGCUGAGGCAGCGCUUAAAAGACAGUCUUAGUUUCAGCUUCCCACAUGACCCCCAAGACAAUGGGGUCAUGGACCACAUGGUGCGGAUGACUACAAGCAUCCACAGCCCCUUGAUAGCUACUGGUUGCCGUCCACUCUGUCCCACCAGCCCCCCAGAGAUUGGCAAGCGACGAUUUGCUGUACCAGAACUGCUUGACAAGCACAGCAGCAAGGAACUGGAGGAGAGCACGGUGUCUCACAGUAAUGGCUCCAUCACUUCAGCUUCACCUGUGUCAGCCACCUCUGUAUCACUGACCUCUUGCUGCCAAGACUCAGAGCGCAGGCAAAGCUCACCAACAGGUGGCAUGAAAAGCUUCAUGCCCCGCAGCAUGGCACACAGAAACAGCAUCUUCCCCUCAGGCUGCAUUCCCAAAAUUGAAGUUACAAAAUCUGGGGAGCGCACUCCAAAGAAGGAGAAAAAGAACAAAAGGCAAAAGGGUUACCUGGAACCUCCUGUCUGGAAGUACAAGGAAGCCAAGGAGGAAAAAAAGAGAGAGAAGAAACAGCAAGAAAAGGAAAAAGAGGAACAGAAAAAAUCGAAGGGGUCCAAACGUUCAUGAAGUGAAAACGCCCGUUUUUUGUUUCUAGCAAAACAAUUCUGAAGUGAGCAGCUGACAAGGGAAACACAUGGGUGAACCUUGAUCUGGAAAAUGCACUGGCUGGACUUUUUUACUUGUGAUGUAUUUUUCAGCAUCUUUGUACAAGCUGAAAAAUUAUGCUAACCAAAUAGAAUUUGGUUUUCCAGAGACUGCGGUUUACUGGUUUCCUGUCUGAAAGGGUGAAUUGUUUUUUUGAGGAUGCAAUUACACUGACUGCACACACCUGCAAUGGUGUUAUUUUUCUCUAUAAAAGGAUUUUACCCAUCUUCAUUUAAUGAACAACUUCUCAGUAGCGUGCCAUUGUGGUAUUUAACGGCAAUAUAACCAAAUAGCCCAUAGCCAACAGUGUACAUAAACUGUAUGUGAUCAGAUGCCUUCAGGGAAUGUAUUAAAGUCACAUUUAAUCAAAGACCGUGAAAGGCAAAAAAACAAAACAAAAAAAAAACUAUUUAGGCUACAAAUUAAAGGAAAAAAUCAGUGACCCAGCCAAGGUGCGUGGCCACUGUGUCCCACCAGAACAACCUCAUGGAACCUUGGUUUUUAUUCUAGACCAUUCUUCCAAACGAUGUUCCCAUAUUUGGUGUUUUGAUGGUGAAUGUCCAACACUCUCUGAAAGUUGUUCAACUUGAUUGAGUUCUAAUCCCUGCUAAGGUCAUGGCAUAUUUACUGACCCCUUGUCCUCUAUAGUUUAAAGGACUGUCAUCCUGGACAAGGAGAGAAAUGCUCCAUCAUGGAAUAAUUAUGAUGGCUCAGAACACUUUGUAUUGAUUUCUAUCCCACCUUGCCUCUUAGACCUGAAAUAUACUCCUUUACAGACUUGUGCAUGGCAGCUGCAGAAACCAUGAACAAGUAGCUGCUCUUAUUAUUUUACUUUCUAUUCUGCUUGAAGAAGGAAUGCACAGUUUGUGCAGUAGCUGUAUAACAACAAACCAACUACUACAGAUGUUUUUAAGUUUAUGCCGUAUGGAAAGCACAAGUGUGUUGUCUAUGGUUCAGUUCCAUUAAGCGUCUCAGUGAGCCAUGACAAGGACCCAGCACGUACUAAAGCACAGCCUCCCCUGAGUGGAGGUUUAAUACACUAUUAAUGUCUCUGAAAAAGGUAUACUGGAGGCAUAUGUGAACAUCUGCAAGGACUCUCCCUGAUAAUAAAUCAAAGCAGUCACUGCAACCUUGCAGAUUCCAAAAGUAUCAACAGAGCGUACAGAGACAAGUAACCCCAGGCCAUGCCUGCAAAAUGUAACUGCAAGGACUAAGGGUUCAGGUUUUCCUUUAAUUUGUCAUCUUUUCCGUGAUUCUUUUGCUCUUUUUUGUGUUUGCUGAGAGCCAUCUAUGAAUCAUGUAGCAUCUACCAGAUGCCUUUGUCUUUUAAACUUCAUCGGAAAUCUCCAAACUGUUUUGCUGUGUCAUGCAAAUGAUGUGAGUGUGAUACUACAAAAGGAACAGAGCCAUCUCUGAAGCAUCUUCUUUCAUACUGGAAAAAAAUGCUCAGUGGUAUGCAAAUAGAAAUCUUCAGCCUGCUGCUUCAUAUUGUUUGUUUCAUCGAUUAUUAUUUGAAAACGAGUACUGUUGCUAUUCAGGGAAAUAUACAAUAAGCAUAUUAUUAUCAGAAUAACAAACUGCAUAUUCAAGAACAGAAACCUGUUGUGGACUAUAGCUUAAUUUUGGGAUUUUUUAUAGAUAAACUAACUAAAAUAAUAAAUAAUAAAUCAUGCAUUUAACUGCAAUAAAUAUCCCAAAUACAGCUAAAUAUGUUUAAUUGUGUUCUCUCAAAACUAUAUAUAAUUAGAUACAUUGUGGUGAAAAUUUAGACAAUCAUUUCUGGGGUCAUUUAAAGUCAAAACAAGAGAUGCAAAAAGCUCAGGUCUUCAACAUCUUUAUAAAGUCUGUAAAACUGAAACUGUGUCUGCAUGUCUGUGUGUGUGUGUGCUUGUGUGUAUGUGUAAGUUUGGAAUAAACUGACUGAC